AUGACAGUUACUUUGUUUGCUUCAGUCUGUUCAGCCACUUUCGCUGAGUUAUAUGCAUGGAGGGCAUGCACUCUUCACCGGGAGCAUCAGGUCUCAUUUUACAGGAAGAGGUUUGGACUUUAGCUGAACAGGCAUGAUGGUACUAACAACAUGCAUGGUUGGUUCCAAAAUUUAUUUAAACCUAGAAAAACUAAAUCAACCCAACACGACAAGGGCAUAAAUGCUGAAAACUCGGUGGUGUCCAUCAGCAGCGUGUCAUCCACAUCGACGUCCGUAAGGACCAGUCAUUGUAAACCACAGCAGUUAAAUAUUGCACUGAACUCAGAGCUGAGAUGGAAACGGAAAUAUGAUGUAUUUGUGUGCCACAGCUCUGCCCACACUGACAUUGAAGAGGCCACACGCCUGGUCUUGUUCCUGGAGGAGGCGCCACGCAGCCUCCGAUGCUUCUUGUGGCAAAGGGACACCUGUCCAGGAGGAGCCAUUUCCACAGAGUUUUGCAAGGCAGUGGCAGACAGCCACAUACGGGCCCUGCUUAUCACCCCCAGCUUUGUGCAGGACGACUGGUGUAAUUAUAUGAUGCACCAGACUUUAUCAGAGGGGCCCAUGUCCAACAGAAUGAUCCCCAUGCUUCAGAACCUGUCCUACUCUCAGUACCCACAGGAACUCAAGUUCUACUACUACAUUGACUUGAGCAAGAACCCAGACCAAGGCUUCAGUAUGGUCAACAAGACGGUGCACAGGCUCCUGGAGAACCUGGUCCAAAAUGAAAUGAAAUUCAGCUGCAUGUUGGCCGGCUCGAGCUGUGGAGUAGACAACAGCUCACAAGAAGGAAAAGUGGUGUCAGAACCUGACUCUGCUGGGACGUCUAAUCCUUUGGAAGUGACACAUGAGAGAUCAGGAACAUGGCUGUGA